UUCCGUGCAGAUUAGUUAGUGGAUUUGGUGUGAUUGGCAUUGGAUUGUAUUUGGCGAAGCAAGGAAGUAAACAACCCGGCAAAUUCUCCCGAUACGUCCUUUACGGCAUUUCUACAGCUUCUGCUGGGAUAGGAAUUGCAAGAUUACUAAAUAUUUUGCCGACAAAAGGAAAAAGUGAGGUUAAGUAGGAGAAAUGGAAUCCGGUGGAAUGAGUAUCCUGGAAAGUGAGAAGCAGGAGAUUGAAGAUGAAGGAUUUUACUUUGAAUCUGAAGAAAUGGCACUUAAAAACAAUCACGACUAUCAUGCAUUGAUGAAGACAAUAGCAAUUCUCCAGGCUCAACGGGCAAAAGCAUUGAAAGACAUAGACAAAUUAGCCAAUAUGCGGGCGGAAGCUCUGCAAAACCCCCAAGACUUUCUGGAUAAAUUGGUCAAAAAGGAAAGUUUGGAGUUCCCAGAAAGAUUGGACAUUGCUGCUGUACCUAAAAUUGAUUUCUCCAAAUAUAAAGUUCAACCACUACAAUCGGAUUGCACAAAAGUACAAAAAAUCACAGGAAAUCAUCAAUUGGAUGCUGAUAAUGAAGAUGAUUCCGAUACGAGAGUUGAUUUAUUGAAAUCUAACGCAGGAGUGCGCCUCUGGACAGUUGAUGAGCAGAAAAGACUCGAGGAGUUGCUGGUGCAAUACCCUCCAGAGCCAAUAGAAAGGAGGAGAUUUGAGAAAAUUGCCCGAGCUCUAGGAAAUAGGACAACACAGCAAGUAGCCAGCCGAUGUCAGAAAUACUUCAAGAAACUCCAAAGGGCAGGAUUGCCAAUUCCUGGGAGAUACCCCAAAGGAUGUCAGGUGUAUCGACAGAGUAACAAAAUGAGAUGCUUCAACGGUAGGAAAUCUACAUUUUUCCCGGAUUUUGAUGUCCCGGUGCGAAUGAAUGAGGAAGAAGAUGAUUCAUGGCUUAAACAAUCUUCCGUGAAAUCUCCACAAGAUGACGAAGGGUCAUCGAGGGAUGAGGAAAAGUACACAACUGUUGAUGAUACGGAUGAUGAGGAAUGUGGGGAAGAUACAAAUGCAAUUGCCAUCAAAUUAGCACGAAGGAUUAGGGCUGAAAAGGAGAAAGAUUUGGAAGAUCGUCCAUCGAGUUUACAUUUUGGUUUCAAGGUUAUGGCAAACUUAAACUUUCAACAACCUCCUAGAAGUAUAGCGAGCGCCUCUCUAACGGGACGAAGCACGGGGGGAAGUUUCGGUGCGAAUUCCCUGUCCGGCCAUGUUACUCCGACGUCGGGAAUGUUCCCUCCGGGCAGCGGGGCCAGCAGCUACGGACAGUCCCAGCAACCGCCCCAACUCUCGCCCAAUAGGAGUGCGCAGCAGCAGCUGUCAAGUGCCAGUGUCGGAGGUGUUCCGCCCCAAAUGUCCAACUCGAGUCGGUCCAGUCUCUUUGGGCAGCGAACCUUUGCGGAUCGACGAGCGAUGGCUGGACUCGGAGGUCCCAUGUCAAACAUGGGCACCUUUAUGCAAUCAUCACGUGGCUACGGAUCGCAGAGUGGCUCUGGUCUCAAUAACUUCCAUAGUGUGUUUGGCGGAAGUGGAAGGGACGCUGGAACACCACCUUUGCUGGAUUUGUCAGAGUUCCCAUCGCUCACCAACUCUCGAGGUCAGUCGGACGGCGGGUCACAGCAGACGAGCGGUGCUCUCCAGCCACCCGGAAGUAAACCUUAUGUUGGGAUGGUGAAACAGCCAACAUCGGAGCAGAGUGAGUUCCAGAUGUCCAGCGAGGAUUUCCCCGCGCUACCUGGUACCCAGGCGACGGAUGGGAGUGUGGGUGUUGUCGGCCCCGGCGGCAUGGUGACUCCCGGUGGUAUUGAUGGGAAUGGGGAGAAGUUGAUACGAGAGGGUGGGCCGAUGACUGGGCAAGCUGGUAUGGGGAUGGAGCUCCAGAGUGAUUCAUUGGUUGGUGGGGUGACGGAGAAGGCCCUCAAACGGGGUGUUCAGACAUCUCCCGAUGGCAAGGUAACUAACAUCCCAGCGAGUAUGGUGAAUAACCAAUUUGGCAUGGUGGGCCUCCUCACGUUCAUUCGAGCGGCGGAAUCCGAUCCUAAUCUCGUAUCACUGGCUAUGGGGCAAGACCUCACGACGCUCGGUCUCAAUCUCAAUUCACCUGAGAAUCUGUAUCCCGCCUUUGGAGGUCCAUUUUCGGAUCAACCCUGCCGGCCCCAGGACAUAGACUUCCACGUACCACCUGAAUAUAUGGUGAACAUGUCAAUUCGAGACAAGCUCGCCCAGCCAGUACUGAAAAAAUACAAAGACGACUUACUCUUUUUUCUCUUCUACACAAAUGUGGGUGAUGUAAUGCAACUGGCUGCCGCCGCUGAACUCCACAGCAGAGAUUGGCGAUAUCACAUAGAGGAGAAGGUGUGGAUUUCCCGUCUUCCUGGCAUCUCUCACUAUGACAAGAAUGGCACAACGGAACGGGGCACAUAUUACUACUUCGAUGCCCAAAACUGGCGGCGAGUGGUUAAGGAUCUGCAGAUUGAUACGGGAAAGUUGGAUAAGUGUCCCAACUUGAAUGCAAUUGUGAGCCUCAGUGGGCAACCCGUGUAAUGUAGUCGGCAGGCAGCAAAGGAGAGCCAGAAUCCCGGAGCAACGGUUGAAAUGGCAUAAAAGAAAAUGUGAAAAAAUUGCAGAGAAAAAAUUGACGCAAAGGGAUGUUGGGUGUAAAGAUGAA